UUCUUACAAACUAAAGCAGCUCAAGGUAUAGCUGGAACUUUUGCUGUAGCUGCUAUCUUAAUUACAGUUCAUCAGAUAUAUCUUCACCUACGUUAUUAUACAUGUCCUAAUGAACAAAGAUGGAUAGUUCGUGUAUUAUUUAUAGUACCAAUAUAUUCCUUCGAUUCCUUUCUAAGUCUCAUGUUUUUUAACAAUGAUAAUUUUUAUGUGUAUUUUGACAGUGUUAGAGACUGUUAUGAGGCCUUUGUCAUCUACAGUUUUCUUAGUUUAUGUUAUGAAUAUCUUGGAGGAGAAGGUUCCAUUAUGGCUGAAAUCCGAGGCAAACCAAUCAAAUCAAGUUGGUUUUGGUGUACAUGCUGUCUAUCUGGUGGACAAUAUACCAUUGGUUUCUUAAGAUUUUGUAAACAGGCAACUCUACAAUUCUGUAUCAUUAAACCAGUCAUGGCUAUACUGACUCUUAUCUUACAAGCUUUUGGUUAUUAUAAAGAUGGCAACUUCUCACCUGCUGGAGCUUACUUAUAUAUUACAGUGAUCUAUAACUUCUCUAUCAGUUUGGCUCUCUAUGGAUUACUGUUAUUCUACUUUGCUACCAAGGACUUACUGAGUGCUUAUGAACCAGUUCUCAAAUUCUGUAUCAUUAAAUCAACCAUCUUCUUGUCAUUCUGGCAAGGUGUUGUUUUGGCCAUAUUAGAAAAAACUGAAGUAAUCAGUCCUAUAUAUCAUGAAGGUAAUCAACUAGUAGUAGGUGUAGGUACUGUAUCUGCUGGCUGGCAAAACUUCUUCAUUUGUAUCGAGAUGUUUGUGGCUGCUAUUGCUCUUAGAUUUGCUUUCCCUCACAGUGUCUACAGUUCUGGACCAACAAGUACUCAUGGCCGUACUGUAUCUCUACAGAGCAUCUCUAGUAGUUUGAAGGAAACUAUGAAUCCUAGAGAUAUCAUGCAGGAUGCUAUCCACAACUUUCAUCCUCAAUAUCAACAAUAUACCCAAUACCAGCAUGGUUCAAAACCA